AUGCUGGAAACCCGAGAAUGUACAUUUGUCUCCAUCAAUAACUCAGACAUUCUCACUGUGGAAGCAUUGGAAAAUCUGCUGGAAAUUAUCUUGUUGCUUCUUUAUGCAUCCGUGACAUUCUUGAACAAACGCCCUAAUUUCAGAUUUUGCAGCAAAGCCUUUCCACCCCAUACCAACAGCCGCUGUAAAUCAUGGAGAAGAAUUGCUAGACAAAAGAAGGCUGUGAAGAUCUUCCCUAGGCCUACAGCUGGACCUCUUCGUCCUAUUGUUCAUGGUCAGACCCUGAAGUACAAUAUGAAAGUCAGAGCUGGAAGGGGAUUUUCUCUUGAAGAACUCAAGGCUGCAGGAAUCCCAAAGAAAUAUGCACCAACCAUUGGCAUUGCAGUUGAUCAUCGCCGCAGGAACAGUUCCUUGGAGGGUUUCCAAACUAAUGUUCAGAGGCUGAAGACAUACAAAGCCAAAUUAGUUGUCUUCCCAAGACGCACUCGCAAAUUCAAGGCUGGUGAUUCUGCUCCUGAGGAGUUGGCAACCGCCACACAAGUACAAGGUCCUUACUUACCAAUUGUCCGUGAGAAGCCAGCUGUUGAACUUGUGAAGGUUACAGACGAAAUGAAGUCGUUCAAGGCAUAUGACAAGCUUCGUAUUGAACGAACAAAUAAGCGCCAUGUUGGUGUCAGGGCCAAGAGGGCUGCCGAGGCUGAGAAGGAAGAGAAGAAAUAG